UUUCCAAAAACUUUGGUGGCGGCCGCUCCACUGGCUUCGCCAUCGUCUACGACCCCCUGGACUUUGCCAAGAAUUUUGACGUGCCAGAUAGUUCCAUGCACUAAGACAAAGGCGACCCACUUUCCUCUCCGCUCUCUGACAUCAAUUUUGUUUGGGGCGGGAUUAGUCAUUGCAAUAUUGAGUCAACCAACACAACGCAGCUGCACUCUCCCGCACACACCAUGCAGUCCAAGUAAUAUUUCAAAACGAGAAGCGAUUCGCACCACCACAGCUGCUGGUAAUAUUCUUCUGUUCGGAUUUCAAAUAUGCAUGCUGUGAUGGCCAAACGACUGCUCCCCCAUGUACCCUCCUUCGACGAUCCUGGUCCCGAUGAACUCGACAGCCCAGCCAUAGAGGCGGCGGCCCUAGACAUACCCCCGCAAGUAACAGAUAAGGCACUUCAAAAAGGUUUCUGGGAGCGUCCCACAUCGACCACCACAUAUGAGCCACCCAGCGAAGGAACUGUGCUGCGCUUUGACAUUCUGCUCGCCCACAUCAUGCCCCCAGACGGGGAGGAUGUGAAAAUCAAGCGUUAUGUGGUCUACGAGCUCACCGUGCGCCAAGACGGCACCGAAGAAGAUGCCCAGCCAGCAAAGGUCGAGCGUCGCUAUACGGAUUUUCGUGAGCUGUAUCUGGGACUGAAACGCCGGCACCCGGCUGAGAUGGCGAACAUGUACUUCCCCAACAAGGUGCUCUUGGGUAAUUUCAAGUCCGAGUUGAUUGGCGAACGAAGUGCUGCCUUUGAGCAGUUCCUUACGUACGUGGCCGGUCACUCCAAACUGCGCGAUUCGGACGAAUUUUUGCACUUUCUGCAGAACGACGAACUGAGCCGGGCAUGUCAGUUUUUGGACGAGCGUCGCCACGAAGCCAUUCCCAUUCUCGAAAACUGUUUUCUUCUGCUGAACAAGAUCUACAUGAAUCGCGCACGCCCACUACUUCUGAUAAUCUGCCGCCUGGUGGCAGCCUGCACUUCAUCGCCAGUGCCCCACCACUCCGCCGAGCGCUGGGCUCUAUUGGCCCUGAGUCGCUUUGAGACUGUAAGCGACAUUGAUUUGCUUCCGCUCUAUAUUCCCCUGCUCCACACCUGUGCUCAUCUGUGGUGGCAGCGCGGGCAGGACCAAAAGCACAUCACCGAUCGACUAACGGACAUGUCAAAACAGGGCAUCAACACGGCCUACACCGCCAGCCUCAUGCAGGCUAUACACAAGAUCGAUCCGCGCACCGAAACCAUGUAAAUCUCACGUCAGAUUAUGUAUGACAUCAGGAUCGGUAUCCCCUAGCUGCAAUUAGAUAACUUGUGCAAUUAUUAUUAAGCGUAAAAUGAUUAGUUAAGCCGUAGUUUUCGCACGUCAAUGUCCUAUAUACACAUGUAUCUUUGUUGUGUUGUCCCAAGUGGAGUUGUGCAAGUUUAAAAUCCGUUUAACCACUAGAUGAAAAUUCAGUCAUAAGGGAACUGUAAUUGUAGGACACUUCCAUAGCCUUGUGGCUUCAUAUCAGGGCAUUUUUUGCUGCUGUGUCUGCUAGCUCGUUUCCAGCCAUGUUUACAUGGCUGGGAUUCCAAAGUAAUGUAAAUUUCGGAAAACACCUUUGAAGUAAAUUUCGAACUUCACUGGCCUAAAAGGUAGAAUUCGACGUGUUUUUUAUAUCGUUCAAUGAGGAGAUUGUUUUUUAAACGACCGUAAGGAUUCAUGUAUGGCGAUAAUUUCAGAUGAAACGAGAAGUAACGUGUGAGUCGCUUCUGUUGACGCGACUCUACUUUUUUACCCGUACUCAAUAUAUAAAUUUGUAAUCUUA